UACAUUAUCCCCACGUGGACCACGCGGGGAGGCUCUUCGUCUCCUACCACCACGAGAGAGCUGAUGUUUCGCGCCAGUUCAAAGAGCAGAUUAGCAGCAGGUGGAUUUGGCGAACGGACGGAGAUCCUUCCAGAACGGAGGUCCUUCGUAUUUGAGUUUGACUUGUCGGUCAUCGAGCUGCUCCGCGAGCACACGCAGUGUUUGUGAGGAAAAUUUCUUUCGUUGAGUGUUUAAUGAAAUUGCUCCAUGAUAGUGCUGAGAGAUUGAUAAAUAAUUGCAGUGCAAGUGACAGUGACAAGAUCAUAAUUGUAAGUCGGUUGUGACUGAAACUGUUGAUGAGUCUUAGUGGUUUAUUAGGAUGAGGAUAGGACGGUCGUACUGGGCGUUGCUGGCAGUCGUGCUACUGUCCUCGAUCCAUGCCGAGAAGAAGAACACCGAGAAUAUCGACGAUGACGAGAAAGCACGGGAGAAGAUAUCGACGUCCCUCAAGCUCGCCGAUGAGGACGUCAAGAACAGAACGAGCAAAACCCUAGUAGUGGCAUCCGCGAUAAAGGCGCCGGAGAAGCAAGAACAAAUUGGCGAGGUGACACCAAUAAUACGUAGCAUAUCGUCGCAAAAGUUGGCAACGACAACGAGAAUAUCCAACAACGAAACGAUUUCGUCGUCAUUCGAGGAGGUCGAGCCUCUUCUCAGCGGUAGCAACAGAGAAAACGCGAGCAGGGAAUUGAUGCUACCGAUCAACAUGGACAUAGCGAAGAUCAUAUCCAACGAUUCCGACUCCGAGGAGAGCGAGGAGGACGAGGACGAGACGCCUGAAGCGUUACCCGAAGCUCAAGAGCUACGGCUAGUGAGACCUCAGGAGCGACGACGACCCGUGUUCGUCAAGCCAGUGCGGACCGUGAGGCCGUCUCUUUCGAACAGGAGGAACGUUUACACAGGUUUAUCGAGGCCGGCCGUCAUGCGGCCGUCUAAACGGCCGAACGAUCCAAAGAGGAGGCCCACGGAAAACGAAUGCACUUUCUUCACGAAGACGGUGUGUCUCGAGGCCAACGAUUAUCCGCACGAAGCGAUAAUAAGAAGUUUAAGGUCCAAUAAGGAAAUGGUAUCCGCAUUGUUGACCGAUUAUAAGGCGCAAGACGGAAGCGCGGAAGAAAAGUUGCCGAGCGCCCUACCGUUGGAGAAUAAGUAUGAGAACAGAUUCGAGAGCAAUGAAAUUAAAAGACGAUCUGACAAUCCGUUCGACAACGUGGAGGAGGGUUUCACUUGUCCGUCAACUGUCAAAUAUGCUCGCCCGCAAUUAGCGAGAGCUGCUUCCGGAGUAUGGAAGUAUAUAAUAAAUACAGGUGAACACACCCAGACGAUACGACUGGAGAAAUGCUCCAAUCUACAGUCGAGCUGCUCAUUUAUCUCCGAAAACUAUCGUUCCUCCUGCGUGCAAAUCUACAAUUAUCACAGACUGCUGACUUGGGACCAGAAGUUGGGACUCCACAUGGACAUAUUUAAAGUGCCGACCUGCUGCAGUUGCCACGUGCACGGUUACUCCGAGAUCUUCCCGCCGCAUCAAAAGGAUCCCCCGAUAAAGCCCAAGGAGACGUUCCCGGGCGCGGAUUUCGCGACGAUCAACGAUCAGAAGGACGAUUUUCAGGAUCUCAACAAGCCAGUCGUCCUCAAUCACAUUACCAAGUUCACUCCCACGUUGAACUACGACUCCAGCCACGUCUCGAUUCCUUCAGUGUCCAGCAAUAAGAAACCCUCAGUGUUGGAGAUCAACCCGACGAGUAGACCCAGCUUUUCUCUAUCUAGAACAAGGCCGAAAAAACCCUCGCCGAUCCCGCGGCCAUACGACAAGUUGCCGCAACAGCACGCGCCCAACACGCGAGCACCGGGCUACAAAGGUCCAUUGAUAUCCAAGAGCAGCAGACCCAACCGACUCAGCAGGCCACCUUUCAGACGAGAAUCCACCGCCCACGAGGAUUACACAGAAACUUCUCGUAACAGUACGGUCAACAACCGAUACAGUCAACCGUACGACUUGGAAAUGGAUGCCUCGUCGAGAUUACAGAACGGAGGCUUCGACGACGAAUACCAGGAGCCACAGAGGAGAAUCAACUAUAACUAUCAUCCAAUUAUAGACUUUUUCAAGCCGGAAGCUUCUAUGCUGCAGGCCGCUACCGUAGAACCGCAAUCCGCAACUCAAUCGGCAUCGGUUCAAAACGACAAUAACGCGUGGAAGCCAAUGAUAUCUUAGAUCGUAGUGUUCUUCCUUCGGAGUACCUGACAUCCUACCUUAAAGAAGAUUCCAAAUCAUGUAUUUCGUAAAAUUCGCGCUUCUUACAUUAAUAUCUACAAUCGUGACAAAGUAUAAAGGAAUACACGGUAUUCCGUGCGGUAACAUAUUCAUUGUUAACGUGCUGUUAAAACCUUUUUCAAUCUUUUCUUAAACAAAAGAGAAAAAGAAGGAUCCAUAAUUUAAUUAAAAUUGUAAGUAAAGACUAGCCUACGUUUAGUUUGAUAUGUAGACAUUCUGCGAGACGCUUUCUAUUGUCAUGAAAAUUUAAAUACGUACUUUAUUUUAAUUUCUCUUUAUCAUUUAAUUAGUUUACGCGAGGACGUAGUAACCUGCGAUAAAUUUUUAUUCAACUAUUACUUGAAGAAUUUUUUUUAUAGUAAUAGUGAAAAUACAUCGUUAGAGUUUUAGAGUAUUAUGGCCAAAAUGGGCAGAUGCAAUGACCGUUUCAUUUUCUUUCUGGACUUUUGAAUACGUUUAUCUCAAUCUUGAUAUUUAUUAAUCGUUACCUCUGACUAUGAAUUAUUUAUAAAUUAUACUUAAGGAGUUUACAAUAUAUGAUUAUGUUUUGUAUCACCAAUAAAGUAUUCUUAGAUCGUUCGUUUUUAAUCUACUAUAAAUACCUAUUUAUAAUUAUUUGAUGUAGGCUGAUACAAUUUUGUAACGUGCUCCACGCAGUAAGAGACAAGAGAAAGUGUUUGGAAUUUUAUUCGUGAUACAAGCAAUGCCCAAUCGCUUAGCAUGAAAUUUACACGGUCACAAUUUACGCACCGUAACUUUGAUCAGUGAUCUGUAAAUCCAGUUUCACGUUUCA